GGGCCUGCAGACCACGAGCGAGCGUUGCGUGCCCUGGCGAAUAUUGGAAUCAGCACGCCGCAGGAUGGGGCUGUGAGCGUGCACCACGUGGCGGGCUCGCCCCGCGCUGCCGCGCAUGAUCACUUCUACGAUUGUUCGGAAGACGCGCCUCCACAGGCCGACGCCGCCUUGUGCAUGACGCCGCCCAACAGCGACGAUGAGGAUGCACGAUCGGAAAGGUGUGCCCCGACCAUGCCGGACACGCCCCCAGCAGAGGCGGCGGACAGUGCGCCGCUCUCUUGGUUCUACGUGCCUCUCCGUUUGCACGCAGCCGGGCACUUGGACAGCGGCCUGGCCGAAGGCAGCAGCGCGGAUGAGGUCGUGCGUGUUUGCACACACCUGGGCAACCUGCCACCGCCUGUUGUCUCAUUGCCGGAAGCCGUCGAGGCGGCAGCAGCGCUCGCCACUGAGUACCGCCAAGACCCAGGAACGGGGCCCCGCUUGGAUGCCGUCACUGUGCAAGAACGUGCUCCUGAUGAGGAUCUGGAAGCGGGUUGCCCAGCAACAGCCGUAGACAGCGCAGACGAUGUCGUAACGGCAGUGCUGUCCCAACCGCGGCCGGCGACGGCACCUGAGCUCGCCGCUGAGCCAUCUGCGCCGCACGCGUCUGGCGCUGUGGCCUCUGCACCCGCCGCUGCAGAUCUCGAAGCCUUGGACCUUGAGGCGGAAUUGCGCCGCCGCGUGUUCACAGUUCAGAGCCCACCAGCGUGCGUCCGCGGAGCGUUGCGUCAGGUUUUGCAGGAAGGCCUGCGGAUGAUCCGUGAGGCGCGCAGCCCGCAAAUGGUGGCCGCAGGUUGGAAACCCUUCCUGCGCAUGCUACUCUACCGCAGCCGGGGCCAAACACGCGUUGAGCCAGCCGAACUUGCGCGCCGCGUCGAACAGCUGGCGGCUAGACGGUGGCUCGCCUUGCUGGCCGAGGCUGCCGCCGCGGCCCAGACAACUCUGCAAGGGCAACAGGUCAGGCGGGACCGCGGUGCGGGGAAGCGGGAAAAACAGCAGCAGGACGAAACCCAGCGACGUGUGGAGCGCGCGAUGGCACUGGCACACCUGGGUGAGAUGUCAGCCGCCGCCUCAGCGCUGCAGGCGGCCCCGGUGCCUCUGCCAGCGUGGUUGGCGGAUUUUAGGCCCGAUGAUGGGCUGCUUGACCUCAGCGCCGACAGGUUGUUCGCCAACUUGCGUGGCGCGCGUCGCGGCGCCGCGGCGGGCCCAUCAGGAGCCAUCGCUGAACGCCUCCGCGUGCUCCUAGAUGAAGAGGAAGGCACCGACCUUUUCCACCACGCAGUUUCUUGUUUAGUGCAGGGCCUGAUCCCCUCGGACGUGGUAGCUGAAUUGCGCAUCGGCCGCAUGGUUGCCCUCACCAAGCCGUCUGGCGGCAUGCGCGCCUUAGUCAUGGGAGACGUUUUCAGGCGUAUCGUCUCUCGAACUUGCGCUCAGCAUGCCGCCGAGGCUUUGCAGGCAGUUUGCGCGCCGUUCCAAUACGCGCUGUCGACCAAGGCUGGAGCGGAAGCCCUGGCGCGCGAGCUCAACCUGGCCACGGAGUCGGGAAGUCGCACCACCGUCCUCAGUGUUGAUGGCGUUGGCGCCUACGAUCACAUCGCGCGGGCCGCCAUUUUUGAAGGCUUGAGGCGGGACGCGCGUUUGGAGGCCCUUAUCCCGUUCGUCCGCUUUUUUUUAUGGCGCGCAAAGCACAUACCUCUACUAUAA